CCAAGAUAGCUGCAUCAAUGAAGACCAUGGUUUUCUCCGCAUCUUCUGUGGAAAGCGAAGCAUAUAUAAGCACAGGCCAAUACAUGUCCAUUACCCUCGUCUUCAGACAAAGUCUUUAUCACAAUGAGGUGCCUUCUCGUCUUUCUUGUCGUCUGCGCUGUCGCUUUCGCUCAGGGUCCAGGUGGACAUGGCGAGCACGGUAACCCGGCAGAGCGUCUGGUAGCAGACGAGGUGGCAGCCCUCCUCAAAGCCACCCCAUCCCUGACCGUGGAUCAGUGCACAGCCAAGUGUGACGCCGUCUUCGCCCUCGAUGCCCCACAGGACGAGACCCUGACUGACCGCGACUGUGCCUUCGAGUGCAGAGUCCAAAUCGAAGGACCACCCUCUGGUGCUCCCCCACGCGGCUCUGGUGAGCCCCCACACGGCCCUGGUGACCGAUAAAGUCACAGAGAGGCGAGACAUGUGUCCUCCAUGAUGCAGUCAUUUUAGAGGACAACAGUAGAUGACUAUUCCACUCGAAUAAUAACAUGGAAUAACAUUAAACUGUUUAAUAAAUAAACAUGAAAUAAUUUC